AUGUCCCUCCAGGACAGAUUCCCCGCCUAUGGAGGCCAAGGGCCAAGCGAUUUGCGUCUGGGUAUUGCCCUGGGUGUCAUUGCCACUAUCUUUAUGGUUAUGCGUCUUUAUGUGCGCUUGAGAAUUAACAAAUUCGGCACAACUGCCUUGUCAUUGUCACUCCUUGCUUGGUUCUUCACCACCCUCACUCAGGUUUUCGGAAUUCUAUCAGUCCUUCAUGGUCUCGGAAACCAUAUCACUGUCAUUACUGAAGUUGGCCAAUUGCACAACUUCCUACUAUUUACAUGGAUCACUGUCUUUUUCUUCAACCUCGCCAUUCCCACCGGCAAAGUCGCCGUGGCUGCUUUCUUGCUGGAAAUGAAUGGGCCCAGCAACCCCAAAAUUCGUCGCAGUCUUAUCGCCGUCGCCGUUUUGAACAUCGUCCUCAACAUCCCACAAAUCCUACUGGUAUGGUUCCAGUGCGAUCCCGUGCCCUCGCUAUGGGAUCCCCUGAGGCAGGCAAACUGUGACCACAGAAAAAGUGUAUACUAUACCUACUUCGUCGGCGCAGUCGCCGCUAUAUCCGACUUCUACCUCGCCAUUGUCCCCAUGCACAUGCUCAUUCCAUUGCGUAUCGACCGAAAGCUCAAGUGGGGUCUGAGUUUCCUCAUGGGAUGCGGUAUCUUCGCCGGUGCUGCUGCCAUCGUGCGAACCUGGGCUGCAAAGUUCAUUCUUACCACCGAUUCUUCCUACGGCGUCGGAACCCUCUUCCGCUGGGGAGAAGUCGAGGAAUGGAUCGUCCUCAUCACAAUGUCUAUCCCACCAGUCUGGCCCCUCUUCCGCCCCUUCACCCACAGAUUCAUCAAAUCGACCGCAUCUCGAAGCGGUCCCCAAUACGCGUACAAGAACAACCAGGCAUACGGCUCUGUCCCACUAUACGGAUCAACGGCUGUCGCCAGUCCGUUGUCGCCGAAUUUCCCGCAGAACUACCCGCCGCCGUUGAUCACGACUACCAUCUCCAUCUCUUCGAUGAAGGAGGGGGCUACUACCGUCGCUUCUUCACGUGGCUCGGAUGAGAGGGUUCCGCAUAAUAUCAUCUCGGAUGGAAAGGGAGAGCCGUGGGUCGAGAUGAAGAAUGUGGAUUUGAAGCACUAG